CCGGGGACACUCGUCCGGUUUGCCAACGCACUCGCUCACUUUCUUCGUGACAAAUAUGGAUACGGUCGUGCCAAGCUGAUGUCAGUGGUGCAAGCUGUGGCAAACCCUGGAAAUAGCUCUGGAACGCCAGCUGUUACAGCCGCUGCGGCCUGGGAUGACCUGUAUCCGUUUGUCACCGAUCUGGUGCCUGCCAUGGCAAGCUCGAACUCGUUUUCUGCCCUCAAGCGCUUGCUCACCUCUGACCUGGGCAAGGCCCUAGGCGUCACCCUCGCGCCUUGCCACUUGCAUCGCUACGGUACUGCUGAUGUGCUUGUCUCCCAUCCACGGCUGCUUCUCAUCGUUCGUUGUGGCGACUGCGGCGCGGUGACUCGGUGCCUCCACCUCGCCAACGCCCACGCCGUCGAGGCUCUCACCGGUGUGCCUGUCGAGGGCUCGGACGCAGACGUGUGCACUAUCUGCUCGCGCGAGCUGGGCGAACAGGCCAUCAACGGCGCGUGCGCACAUGCUGGCGACGAGUCGUAUCUCGUCUACGUCCACCCGAUGGUCAACAAUCGCGUCAAGCGCGGCUUCCAUCCAAUCGACACAAAGCGGGUCAUCCCAAGAAAGUACCUCUCACCGGGCGCGGGGUACAAGGCGUGUACCACGCCCGAGUGCCGGUUUGGCACAAAGUGUCUCUACGCACACGCCCGCCGCGAGAUGGGAAUCUGGGGCGUGCUUGGCAGCUGGCCCAAGGGGAGCACUUUGUUUAGCAAGCCGUCGGACAUAUGGACCAUGGCUGCUGGUGUCGGACAGAGUGCGCUGGAGCUGCUGGAUCCAUCGGGAGCGAACGGUGGCUCGCCGGCCGACAACGCUGACAGUGCGUGUACAAGCGCAGCGAGUGCAGCGAGCUCAUCGAGCUCUUCGGUAGACAUGGACUGGCUCUCGGCCCGCAUCCACCAGCUUUUGAAGACGACGCCGUGCGGAGUGGUAGAGCUUCCGUCGCUUGCUAUUGAGCUGACAUCAAGCGCCGACGCCAGCAGGGUGCUCGCAACACUUGCGACCAAGCCCAAGAAUGUGGAGGACGCGCUGCGCACGCAUGCCAGCGCAUUGGGCAUUUUGGUGGAGCCCCAAAUCGGUCGGCCGUCGCUGCUUGCAGAGCGAGGCAGCAUGGCAACACGGGCCGGAUACAUGCCUGCAUCGCGGGUGUGCUCGCGGCGCGACGUGCGCAACGUGGCAUGUCUCGGCUUACACUUGGCCACCCACGGCGACAUGCCAGUGUUUCCGAACUGGGCGGCAAGCCACAUCCGGCGAUUUGCCUGCCUCACCUGCUACAUGCUACCAGACUGUGCGAUUGUGGACUACGACAAGUACGGAGCAGGGACGACAUGCUGCCCGUCGUGCGGGGAGCCGUGGACGUGCCUCUUGCUUGCUGGCUCGUCGCGCGACGGCCCGUGGAUUCCAAUUCGCCCGGCUCCAGUCCGAGACUGCCUGCCGCCGAAGCGAUUUGCCAUGUGCUUGUCGUUUCAGCCGGGCGGGCCGGGUCGCUGCUCGCACAGCGCCAAGUGCGCCUUUUCGCACUCGAAGGAGGAGCGUAACGAGUGGAACUACAACCGGCCCGAGCUCGACACGCUCAUUGCCGAGGUUGCAGCCCGUUGCGAGCCGCCGUUGUCAGACGUUGAGAUCGCUGACCUCAUCUGUGAGGUCUGCUUUACCCUGCGCGGCGUCUGCACCUCUCGUCCACCGGUUACCGACACCGAGAAGAACCCGUACCACAUUGCCUAUCAUCGGACAAUCAUGUGCAAACAGCACAGGGUUGAGCCGCAUGUGUGGCAGCCAAUGCUCCCGCCGUCGCUUGCCCAUCGCGACACCAAGACCAUUCUGCGGUACCCGCCGGCGCACGCGCGCAACGAGGCAGCGCGGGCGAGUCUGCCGUAUUCGCAGGCGCGCGAGGCAGCAAGAGGAAGCACGUCUGGGAGCCAGGACUCUUCGGCUUUGGCGCGAUCUUCAACAGCCGGAGCUGCAAGGACGACAGCGGGGACAACAGCUCCUGUGCUCACCGCAGUGGCAGCAGCAGCAGCAGCACCCAGUACGCUUUCCGGGAGUGCACUGGUGGCGACGCCGGCAAGAUACGUGCUGCCCGAGGCGGCAUUGCCGGAUCUCCACGCACUGGCCAAGGCUGCACUCGAAGCGGAGCCGCAUUCUGCGCUCCAGACCUCUGUUCACGACAAGCUUCGCGCGGCGCUGCCUGCAGCGCUGGGCGAUGCAGCGAGCCUCGAAGCCAACCUGCCGGUGCACACACUGGACACGGUGCCGCUCGAGGCGAUCGACACGUUUGCAACAUGGCUGGCGGCGUUGUUCGAGGUGAACAAGGAGCUUGUCAAGGCACCUGCACAGCUGUUUGACCUCGACAACUACGUGGUGCUGCGACACAACCUUCUGCUUGUUGACGAGUUUGCGGCACGAAACAGAGCGCCUCUGCCUGCGCUGCUGAGCGUGCGCGAGGUCGAUGGACGAACGGCGUACGUGCUGAAGGAUCUGGCUCCUGUGGACAUGGCGCGGGCAGCGUCGCUGACGGUUAGCGGCGGCGAGGUCGAGCUGUACAUGGGCGGGCAGACGAGCCCUGCACUGGUCUCUCUGGAGCUCGGGCUUCCAGCACUGAUGAGGGCCCAGCUCUCCUCGAAUGAGGCGAACAGGACCCAGACGCGGGUAGUGGUCCAGUACCGUAUUCCGUUUGGGUUUCUCGACGUGGCGGCGUACGCUGCAGCGCAUGCAGCGAUUGACCGGCUGGAUCCGCGGAUGGUGUUCCCUGCGCCGCUCGCAAGUGGCACAAAGUCACCCGCUGGCGAGCUGCCGGCAGUGUUGACGACGGGACUCGUGCGCGAGCAGGAGGCUGUGGUGCGAGGUAUGUGGCAAGGUGACAAUGUCGCUUCCUCUGGCCUACCCGGAACAGGCAAGACACGCGGGCUGGUCUCGGGCUCACUGGCGAUGGCGUCGGCGCUGAGGGUGGGGGUCGGCGGUGGGCGUGUGGUGAUUGUGGCACGGUCGGACGAGGCGGCAGAGCAGAUAGUCAAGAUGCUUCACGAUCACGAGGUGCCGGACGAGUCGCUGUACUGGAUUCGGCCGCCGUAUGCCAGCCGCGCGCCGCGCUGGGCGGCGCCGUACACGUCCCCGCUUCCGGAUGAUCAGGCCGGCGGGCCAACGCACUGCAUGCGGGCGAUUCACCAGCUGGCGUACAUGGAGCUUGUGGUGGUUUCGCCGGAGGCCGGGGCGCUGGUGGAGGCAGCCAAGCUGCCAAACGGCUUUGCCUCCACGCUUGUGGUUGACGACGCGCACUCUGUGCCCGAGGUGUGGAUCCUCCCAUUCCUUGCGCUCGGGGAUGGGGAGACACGUGUGGCGAUGGGCGGGACGAUGGCGCUUCAGGCGAUGUUGACGCCGAUUGACACGUCUGCCGUGCUGCUGCAAGCGUGGCCGAAGACGACAGUCAUGCACCUCUCCUGCCUCUCGGGCAUGUCGCUGCUGCAGCGCGUGCUUGGCGGGCACGCGGCACGCGGGUAUGGGGUCGUGGCAACGCGGACGGGAUUUGUGGCUGCGCCGCCGCUGGCAGCGGUGGCGGAGCUGGCGCCGUGGAGCAGACGGACCGCAGACGAGCUUGUGCCGGAUCUUCCGCGUCCUGCGAUUGUGGUCCAUCCGGCCGAGAUUGUGCCGGGCAUGCAGCCUGCGGACUUGUUUGGCCCGCUGGUGCAGGUGCUUGAGAAAGUCGCGGCGAAGGUGCCGGGCCUCGGGGCCAAAGUGGACAUCAACCUUGUGGUACCAGACGUCUCGCUAGGCCUCUUCCUCGGCUCCGCGCUCGACAGCUCCGAGUCGGACGAGGUGAAGCAACUGCGAAAGAACAUCCAGCUCGUGGGCCAGUGGCUGGCAGCGCCGCAGACAGCGUGCGUGACGGUUGCGGUCAUUUCUGGCGCUGCAGCGCAGGUUGCGAUGCUGCCUGCGCUGCUUGCGGCAACAACGAGGAGUCUGCUUGUGCUGUUUGGCGAGAGCGGCGAGCUGGGCGCGGCGCACUUUGCGAGGAUUGUGGGCAGCGCGGUUGGGCCGGGGAAGUGUGCGCGCCGUGCUGCCGUUUAUUGA